CUCGCAGUCGUCCUCCCGGCGUUAAGGCCGCGGGGCGUGUGGCUGGACUCUUAAAGGACGACGUCCAUCUCGAAUAACUGCGCUCAACGAGAGACGGAUAGUAUCCCUCGAGACCUUGCGUUAAUGCGACGUCCAUGAAAAUGGGGUGGAUGCCGACCGUUGCAGCGAUUCCCGCAGCAGCGGCGGUCUUCCCGGUCACUUCCUCUGCCUGUUUUUCCUUCUUCGUCCCCAAGUACGUGCCCUCCAAGCUCCAGUGUGGCGCCUCGGCCUUCCACCUCCCACGACCCCGAGCUCGGGUUUUGGGGUUGUGGCGGAAAUCGAGGCCUCGCGUCCCUCGAAAUUCAAUCAAUGAUGAAGUUCCCGCGCCGGACGACGACCCUGAUGUUCGAAUUUCGGGUGGUUCGGUGGCUCCAAGCGGGGAAGGGUCGACCGGGUUGGUUGAUCUUGGAUGGCUUCCAGCUUUCCCGCACGUUCUGACGGCUUCAAUGGCCAAUUUCUUGUUUGGAUACCAUAUUGGGGUAAUGAACGGCCCUAUAGUUUCCGUUGCACGGGACCUUGGAUUUGAAGGAAAUUCCAUCCUUGAGGGCCUCGUUGUGAGCAUAUUUAUAGUCGGUGCAUUCAUUGGUAGCAUAGGCUCUGGCUACCUGGUUGACAAUUUUGGUUGUCGACGUACGUUUCAAAUAAAUGCUGUGCCAUUGAUUGCUGGGGCUCUUCUGUGUGCACAGGCUCAUUCCUUGGAUGAGAUACUUUGGGGUAGAUUUUCAGUUGGACUUGGCAUUGGCGCAAACACUGUUCUAGUUCCCAUUUAUAUUUCAGAGGUUUCUCCAACACGAUAUCGUGGUUCAUUGGGCACCAUAUGCCAAAUUGGCACUUGCUUGGGUAUAAUUGCGUCGCUUCUUCUUGGUAUACCAUCUGAUAGUACUCCAGAUUGGUGGCGGACAAUGCUCUUCAUUGCAAGCAUUCCAGCGGUAAUAGUAAUGUUUGGGAUGCAAUUUGCUGUCGAAAGUCCACGUUGGUUAUGUAAGGCUGGCAAAUGGGAUGAUGCUAAAAUGGUAGUUAGCCGGAUUUGGGGUGAAUCUCAAGUAGAUAAUGCAAUGAAGGAGAUCCGUUCUGUUGUUAAUCUUGAUGGCAGUGACAUUGAGGCUGAUUGGUUAGAACUCCUUCAGGAGCCCCAUAACAAAGUUGCUUUCAUUGGAGGCAUGCUUUUUGUGCUUCAACAAUUUGCAGGCAUUAAUGGGGUCCUAUAUUUUUCAUCCUUGACUUUUCAUGAUGUUGGCAUUACCAACAAUGCUUUAGCAAGCCUUCUUGUUGGUUUGACGAACUUUGCAGGGGCACUUUUUGCUCUAUACUUGAUGGACAAACAAGGGAGGCAAAAUCUUAUUAUUGGUAGCUACCUGGGAAUGGCUGCUGCAAUGUUUCUUAUAGUUUUUGCAGUGGACUUUCCAGUUGAUGACCAGUUGUCUCACACAUUAUCUAUUCUGGGGACUGUCAUGUACGUCUUCACAUUCGCCCUUGGAGCAGGCCCAGUUACUGGUCUUAUAAUACCAGAAUUAAGCAGCAACAGAACACGAGGCAAAACAAUGGCUUUCAGUUUCUCUGUCCAUUGGGUCUGCAACUUUAUUGUUGGCCUGUUCUUCCUAGACAUGGUUGAGAAGUUUGGAAUCGGUCCUGUAUAUGCUAGCUUUGGAGCUGUUUCUGUUGCGGCAGCAUUAUUUUCCAAGGUUUUCAUUAUUGAAACUAAAGGCCGGUCUCUGGAAGAAAUCGAAUUAUCUUUGAAGGCAAACCUUUCGCCCAGAGAUGAAUAACACGGAUCAGUUUAUACAGGUGGUUUUAUGGUUGCAAGCAUUUCUUGUUUUUGUUGCAAGUUAUGAUGCAUUAUGUAUAUAUGAAACUCUGUUCAAGGCACAUAGUUGCUUCUGAUGAGAAAUAUUUUUUUCUUUGGAGGCAUCUAUUAUAGCGGGGAAGUUCAUGUCGUAGAAGCACGUGUAAGAUUCAUGGUAACGAUUGAGAUAGCUUGAGAUACCCUUUACAUGUAAAUUUAUUUUGAGCGAGAGUUUUUGUCCUCAAUGCAUCUCUAGAAAAAUGGGGGCUUCUUAUAAUUAGAUUCUUGUCUAACACUCAUGCAUGUGGAGGUGAAUGUUUUUGUUGGUCUUCCCUUUUUUGCUCUGGUAGCGAAGGCGCUCUCUUUUAGUGGUUUUCUGUUUCAUCUAUUGGUCAAAACAAUUGUUACAUUGGAAGCUACAUUAUUAAGUGCUUUCCUUGUUUUA